GACCUGGGCUCCAUCUGCACCACUGUCCCCAAAGCCAUGCACAAUUCCCUCUGGGACACCAGGGACAUCUCCUACACAGGAUGUGCUGCUCAGCUCUUUUUCUUUAUGUUCUUCAUGUCAGCAGAGCUUUCCUUCCUGACCAUCAUGUGCUACGACCGCUACGUGUCCAUCUGCAAACCCCUGCACUAUGGGACCCUCCUGGGCAGCAGAGCUUGUGCCCACAUGGCAGCAGCUGCCUGGGCCAGUGCCUUUCUCUAUUCACUGCUGCACACAGCCAAUACAUUUUCCCUGCCCCUGUGCCAUGGUAAUGUACUGGGCCAGUUCUUCUGUGAAAUCCCCCAGAUCCUCAAGCUCUCCUGCUCCAAAUCCUACCUCAGGGAACUUGGGCUAAUCACAGUUAGUGCCGGUUUAGGACUUGGAUGUUUUGUGUUCAUUGUUUUCUCCUAUGUGCAGAUCUUCAGGGCUGUGCUGAGGAUCCCCUCUGAGCAGGGGCGGCACAAAACCUUUUCCACCUGCCUCCCUCACCUGGCUGUGGUUUCUCUGUUCCUCAGCACAGGUGCAUUUGCCUACCUGAAGCCCCCUUCCAUCUCCUCCCCAUCCCUGGAUCUGGCCCUGUCAGUUCUGUACUCAGUAGUGCCUCUGGCCCUGACCCCCUCAUCUACAGCCUGA